AUGUCGGCUGUCAAACGGAAAUUAAACAAUACAAAACUGAUUAAGAAAUGUCAGAUCAUUCGAGAAGUUGAGAAGGGAAUGACCAACAAGGAGGCCUCAGAGAAAUAUGGUGUGCCAAAAAAUACCAUCUCCACCUGGAUGAAAAACAAAGAGAAGCUGCUUCAAGGGUUGGAGCAAAGUUCUUCAGAGGCCAAGAAAAUGCGAGGGCAUUACAAUUCGCUAAAAGCUUUGAUUUCCUUUAAAGCAUCAGAUGGUUGGCUGGACAAGUGGAGAAAAAGGCACAAUAUUUCGUUGAAAACCAUUGGUGGCGAACCUAAGUCCGUUGCUCCACAUAUGUCCAGUUCUUGGAAUGAAACAACUUUACCAACAAUUCUGUCAAACUAUAAGCUGGAAGAUAUUUUCAAUGCUGACGAGUUCGGUCUUUUCUACCAAUGUCUCCCAGAUAAAACUUAUCACUUCAAAGGAGAAAAGUGUUCCGAGGGGAAGAAAAGCAAAGUCAGGUUUACCGGAAUGGCUGCAGCAAGUGCGAAAGGAGAACAAUUGCCUAUGUUCGCGAUCGGAAACGAAAUCUUCGAAGAGUGGUUACGUAAAGUCGACCGAAAAUUCCGGGUAGAUGGUCGAAAAAUUGCUCUCAUUAUCGACAACUGCCGUGCUCAUCCAACGUUGUCCAAUUUGACCAACGUGCAGCUUGUCUUUCUGCCACCAAAUACGACGUCUAUCUUGCAACCAAUGGACCAAGGUGUCAUUCGCAGCCUCAAAGCGUAUUAUCGCGGAAAGGUUGUACGUAUGAUUUCCAGAGCUCUCGAAGAAAAAAAGUCCUGUCCAAAGAUAUCAAUUCUGCAAGGAAUGAAGUUACUGGCAGAUUCUUGGGAACUCGCAUCCAAAGAAACCAUUGUAAACUGUUUUAGGAAGGCUGGUAUCACCCCUGAUGGUCAACAGGCUGCCAUUGAUGAUUCUGAUGACCCGUUUAAAGAUCUUCAAGAAAGCUUGAAUAACUUGAGGAAAGCAGAUUCAUCAAUGGUGCCGAAUGAUGUCACCGCCACUGCUUUAGCUAGCUUGGACGACGACGUCAUUGCAACAGCCCCUGAGAUGAAUGAAGAUGAUAUCGUGAGCAGGCUGAAGAACCAAGAAAACGAAGAGGAAGAGAGUGGUGAUGAAGAGAUCCAAGGUGGAGAGAUGUUUGACCCUGUGGCGGAAAAGCCUUCGAGAUCUGCGCUUGAAUCAGCUUUAGAAAUUUUGAAAGAUGCUGCCAUGUUCAGUGACAAAAGCGGACAAAUAAAAAGAGUGAUUUUUGAUUUUGAACGGCUUUAUGAAAGUGAUCGAGCGGAAUCUCUUAAGCAAAAAGACAUUACACAUUUUUUAAAUCCUGUAUCGAAUUAG